AUAAUUACAGUUAAGAACGAUAAGCAAGCCGGGAGAGAGGAUUUAUGGAUGGCAACAUUCCCAAGGGUCCUAGAUAAUCUCGGGGUGUUCCUCUGUGCGGAGAGAAAGUGAGAGAAAGACAGGCAAAGUCUGGAUACACUGAAGCUGCAUACACAGAUAAACUAGUAAGAGACCCUGUGAGGAACAGGUGCCGCACCACUCAACGAGAAGUAGAGGGUAAAGAUGAAGCAGUACGUGGUCACCAGGCCACUCUACUCAGAGGACGCCUUCGCAGACGAACAUGAGAAGAUCCACAGGCACCAUAAGACCCUGCGGCACCACGUCAAGCAGUACUUCACUUGUGACCUCAAGCGCACUAAGAACGCAGCGCUCUCUCUGCUGCCUUUCAUUGGUUGGAUGAGAAUCUACCAGCUGAAAGAAUGGUUGCUGAGUGAUAUUGUAUCUGGGGUCAGCACUGGACUGGUAGCUGUUCUACAAGGUCUGGCAUACUCCCUGCUGGCCUCCCUCCCUCCAUGGUACGGACUCUUCACUGCCUUCUUCCCAGUGAUCAUCUACUUCUUCCUUGGCACUUCCAGACAUAUCUCAGUAGGAGCGUUCCCUGUUCUGAGCCUCAUGGUGGGUGCAGUGGUGACAAGGCUUGUGCCUGACGAAGGCCCCCCAGUCAACAUCACUGGGUUUGAGGGGCUGACCAGCGAUGAGCAGAGAGUAAUGGUGGCCGCCUCUGUCACCUUCCUCAUGGGGAUAAUGCAGCUGGCCAUGGGUCUGCUGCAGGUAGGCUUCAUCGUCAUGUACCUGUCAGACACGCUGGUGUCUGGGUUCACCACCGCGGCUGCCAUCCACAUCCUGGUGUCCCAGCUGAAGUUUGUAUUGGGCCUGGUGGUGCCGGGACUCAGUGGACCCCUGUCCAUCGUUUAUACCCUGGAGAAGAUAUUUGUCCAGAUCGAGAAGACCAACGUGUGUGACCUGGUGAUGUCCAUUCUGAUCAUGGUGGUGGUGUUCAUAGUGAAGGAGAUCAACGAUAGAUACAAAGCCAAGCUGCCUGUUCCCAUCCCCAUAGAGGUUAUCAUGACUGUCAUCGCUUGUGGCGUUUCCUAUGCAUUCAACUUCCGGGUGAUUUAUAAAGUUGAUGUUGUCGGCCGUAUUCCAGUGGGGUAUGAGUCCCCUAUGGCCCCGAACAUGCAGAUCUUCGGGCAGACUGCUGUUGAGGCGUUCCCUAUGGCCAUAGUGGGCUUUGCUGUAGCCUUCUCUGUCGCCAAGGUCUACUCAGUCAAACACGAUUACAUCAUAGACGGAAAUCAGGAGCUGAUAGCUUUUGGGGCCAGUAACAUCAUUGGAGCAGCCUUUAAGUCGUUUGCAGCAAGCACAGCUCUCUCCAGGAGUGCGGUACAGGAGAGUACAGGUGGUAAAACCCAGAUCGCUGGUCUACUGUCAGCGCUCAUCGUGAUGGUCGUCACCUUGGCUGUCGGGUUCUUAUUGGAGCCACUCCCAAAGUCGGUGCUGGGGGCGGUGGUCAUAGUCAACCUGAAGGGGAUGUUGAUGCAGAUCAGAGAAGUCCCUUACCUGUGGAGGAGAGACCGGCCCGACUGUGUGGUGUGGGUGGUGACCUGCCUGGCUUCCAUCCUGUUGGGGCUGGAUCUGGGGCUGGCUGUAGGUCUAGGGAUCGAGCUGCUCACCGUUGUCUUCAGGGCUCAGUUCCCACGUUGCAGUGUCCUGGCCAAUAUCACAGGAACAGAUAUCUACAAAGACCGCAAGGAUUACAUGAGUAUCUAUGAGCCAGAGGGUGUGAAGAUCUUCAGGAUACCGUCUCCCAUCUUCUUUGCCAAUAUUGAUUUUUUCAGAGGCAAGCUGGUGGAAGCUGUGGGCUUUAACCCAUUGAGGGUGUUGAGAAAGAGAAACAAAGCCCUGAGGACGAUCAGGAAACUUCUAAAGAAAGGAGAGCUGCAGAUGACAUCGAAAGGCCUACUGCUCACCAGCUCUGGUCCCAUUGAGGAGUCUGAGGAUGAGAGCAACAUGGAGGAACUGGACCAGCCCACUGACUUCAAGGACCUUCCUGUCCAGGUGAACUGGAACUCUGAGCUUCCUGCCAACAUCCAUGUCCCCAGAGUAGACGUCCACAGCCUGAUCCUGGACUUCUCAGCCGUCUCCUUCCUCGACAUCUCUGCCCUCAAGGGACUCAAAGCGGCACUCAAAGAGUUCAUUCGGGUUGAAGUUGAGGUCUACAUUGUGGCAUGUGACGAGUACAUCCUGGAGAAACUACACAGCUGUAAGUUCUUUGACGACGAGGUGAAGUCGUCCAUGUUUUUCCUGACCCUCCACGAUGCCAUGCUGCAUAUCCUGGAGAAACAUCCAGUAAACUCUGAAAACACAAAAGUCUGCGAAAAGGUUAUAACAACAGCCACUAUCCAUGGCAACCAAUGCAAUGGUGUGUCAAGUUUGCGUAGCAGGGACAAAUUUGUGCAUGUCUCAGAGCCAGAAACCAAGUUCUAGUUCCAGAACUACACUCUUAGAUGUCAGUAUUUGAAGGGUUCUUCGACUGUCCCUUUCCACAGAUGGUUCUACAUGGAACCCAAAAGAGUUCUACCUGGAACCAAAAAGGGUUAUAUUUGGAACCAAAAAGAGUUCUCCUAUUGGGACAGCUGAAGAACCCUUUUGGAACCCUUUUUCUAAGAGUGUAGUGGUGUGUACGGUACUUUCAUUUCCUGGGAUGGCAUGCAUUUCCUGUGAUCGCUGUACUUUCUGGUGAUAAUAGACGUAAGGACCCAUGAUACUGUCCUAAAACGGACACCAUACAGUAACCAUAUGUAUACAGGAUACCACUUAUUGAGCUAAUAAUUGUACAUAAAAUAUAUUUGAUUUCUUUUGUACUGUUAAACAGAUACUCAAUGGCAAUUUUGAAGAUUUUGAAAGAAAAAUCAGAAAAUGUCAUUCAUAUCAUGUAUUUAUUUUCUAAAAUUGAAUCAGAAGUAUUAUUGUUUUUUUAAAUAGCUUGACAAUGUUGCGUUUUAUAUGUGUACAUAGGGAUUUUAUAGGAAUGUUUACUUUGUUGUAUUUUAUAUGUAAAAUAAAUGUACUUCUUAGCACAAAGUAUUUCCGCCAGCAAGAAAUGAAGCAAUUUGAGCAGUACAGUAUUUGGAAAUCUGAACGUCCUGUAACUGAGAUAUUGAUAAGAAUUAUAGGAUGACUAACGUGGUUUUGAUAUAUUGGUCACAGAUAAAGCCCUGAUAAGAGAUGAAUGAUUAAGUAGAGAUCUUUGACAAACUGUUCUGGGUUAUACAACAGUAACCAUGAUUGAUAAAGUUGGUGGAGGUUAGUAUGGGGUAUUUCCAGUAUACCCAUGUGUGGCAACACCUCAAUUGAUCAAAAAGUGCACUUUUAUUGUGUUUUAUUAUAGUGAUUAGAGUUGAGGAUUGAUGAGUGUCUCAACGUUUACAUACCGUAAAGCCACUGAUCCAUUUGCCUGGUUUGGAUCACAAAUAUUGCUCUAGAAAUGCCAUUGUGAAUCCUACACAGUAGGUAUAUACGUCAUAAAGGUACAGGACAACUAGAAACAUUUUCAGAUGGGGUGAAUAACUCUCAAACAGUGUUGCAGAUAAGCAGAGUAUGUUUGAUUUGAUUUUGAUUUAUCAGGAUCCCCAUUAAAAAUACAUUACAGACAAAA